UGGAAGGAGAGUUCUUGUUUUGUAUGUCAGUUUCUGUCUUUUUUAUACAUUUUGGUCAAAAACCAACCGAACAAAGCGAAGAUUCCUUCUGAUACACUGCACCAAACUUUAGGGCGCUAUAGCGAACAAUUUCAUCCGCGGGAUAGGAUUGUGGUGGCGAAAUGCCCGGCUGUUUGUAAAUAUAUAUUUAAAUAAUUGGUGAGUGUAAGUGUAUGAAGAUCGGGGUUUGACUACAAGGCUCCACCCCCCACUCUGCCAUUUGGAUGGUGUUCAAGACGGCAGACGUUGGGAAGGCAGCUGUGUUGGGUUUUGGGAAGCAGGGAUCGAUGAUGGAACUGCAGAAUUUACAGGAAGCACUCAAAGUGGAAAUCCAGAUCCAUCAGAAACUCAUCACCCAGAUGAAGCAGGAUCCACAGAAUGCUGAUCUGAAGCUGCAGCUCCGUGACCUGCAGGCCAAGAUCACAACGCUUAGUGAGCGGCAGAAAAAGGUGGUGGAGCAGUUAAGAAGAGAUCUUCUGGUAAAACAGGAAGAUAUGAAGCUGCAGACGCUUCAAGCUGACGGGCAAACGUCUACCCUGCUCAUCACAAAGACGCCUCUGCCUGCUGCCAGCCUAACCACUCCACAGAACUCUGUGGCCCCUGUCAUUGCUUCAAAGACUCUACCUCUGGUGCUGAGAGCUGCCACACCAACCUCACCUAUCAUCAUGACACCAGCACCCACUAUCACCGUGGUUACAACCCUUGGCAACACUCUCCUGGGGAGCCCUCCUAACUCAGAUCCUCAAAACUCACCAGUAAACUUCCAAACUGUCGUCCAACCGACCAAUCAAGGAGCAGAGCCUGUGCGAGUCAUACCCAAUAGCACUUUUGUUGUUCAAGCUGCCACCCAACCAAUCAAAGUUCCUCAGUUUGUCCCACCCACCAGACAGACAACUCGGCCGGUCACUCUACCGCAGGUCAGGCCCCAACCUCCAGUCUCUCUAUGCCCAGCUCCUGGUCAGGUGUCAGUACAGACCCUGCAGUCACCAGUGUUACUGAGCACUGCCCACCCUUCCUCUGUUCAUGUCCAGCAGAUGCGUAUCCUCAAUGGCCUGCCCUGCUCCAACAGCUCUAACCGUGCAGGCACCCUGAUCUCUCCCUCUACACAAACACAGCCAUCUGCCCAGACACACGUUCAGCAGUUACCUCACAGCAGCCGAAGCUCUGACAACUCGUUUCAGACACCUGUUGUGGAAUAUGGGACAGAGCCAAAGACUUCAUUGCUCAUCUCUCCAGACACACCUACACACACUUCACCUCCACUGUUCAUAGAUACACCAUCCUCACCUGCCACCACCAACACACACACACCUUCCUCCAAACAUCAGGAGAGCCCACUGAAACUGUCCUUCAUGUUGUCGCUGGGACUGGUCACACGUGACUAUUUGGAAGAGAUUCAGAGCCGGCGUCAGGAGCGUAAGAGAAGAACGACAGCAAAUCCAUUAUAUAGUGGAGCCAUGUUCGAACCAGAGCGGAAGAAGAGCUCUGUGUCAUAUCUGAGUUCCAUUAACCAGUCUAGCAGGAAGAUAGCCAAUGAGGACAGCUUGUCAGAGGUAUGUUACACCAAUGUUUUGUCUUCCUCUUUCUUUUCUGUUUUGUUUUGUCCUUUUGUUUCAUCUCACCCAGGUUGCCCUUCUAAAAACUGCAGUAUUGUGGAGCGGGGGCCCCUCCCCCCAACCACCAGCAGCCAUCAUUCUGCCUCCCCCGACCUACAGCGGCCCACUGCGGGCAGCCCAUUCUCCCCUGCCCUCUCACUCACCCUUCCAUCACAUUCACCCUCAGCCAGCCCCAGCUCUGCAGGGGAUAUUCUGCCAAAAGAAGAUGCUAUUGAGUGGCCAGGGACACUUGCUAUUGUCCAUUCUUACAUCUCUUAUAAAGCAGCUAAAGAGGGUGAGAAAGAUCGUCUGAAAAGAUGGAGCACAGAGCUGCGGCAGGAGAGAGAGACACUGGAGCACAAAGUUGGACAGCUCAGCAACACCAUAACGACAUGUAUGGACAGCAAAAACAGCGUGAUGUCCCAGCAUAGAGAGAUGGAGUCUUCACUGGAGAAAAUUAGAGGGUUGAUGUGUCUGAUCAAAGGGAUCCAGUUGUCCCCCCUCCCUUACCAGGAGCUCAUCUCUCCUGUAGGCACGGCUAAUGGAGAUGUGUCCCACAAUGGAGCUUCAAAACCCAGCAGCUCCAGUGCAGUCACUACAGACACAAACAAUAACACAAAUAGCACAUCAGGCUCCUCUGAAACUAUGGUGAUAAUCAGCACUCUUUCAAACAUAAGCGAAACCUUCAACCAAAUCGCCACAAAUAAUAACACAAUUAAGAACGAUUCUACAAACACAAAGAGCAACAAUAGCAGUGAGGGCACUGAAGAGAGCACACAAAUAAAAAGCAUGUCCAGAAUCAGGAGUGAAUCCAGUACAAACAGCACAGCCUUGAGCAAUAACAUCAGCAACCAGGGCGUUCUCAGUACCAAUGGAAAAGUGUCCGCAGGGGAGGGAAAUGUAAAGAAACAUAAAAACAACAACAGUGACCUCAGCAUCAUCCCACAGCCCCUCCUCGGCCCAAUCGUACCCCUUACGGGAGUGACUGAAGGGGUAAAAUAGCAUGGACUACCCCACCACAGUUGGUGCCCAGAGUGUGCCAGUUAACAGUAUUGUUGUUUUGUGUUUUUGUUUCAUAUCUUGUAUCUAUGAGGGAAAGAAAGUCCAUAGUGCCAUUUACUACAUGCAGGAAGGAGGUUCCUAAAGUACCAGCAAUGUGUAUGCUAAUAUGUGCACACUGAAAAUAUUUCUUCAAAGAAUAAUGAUAUAGAAAAUAAAAGAAAAGAGUAAUAAAAUCUAAAGAUAUCACACCAUUGUGUGCCUGAUACAGUUGCCAUAGCACCUCUGAGUGGGAAAGCUUCUGAUGGAUUGGGUGCAGGUCUUGUUCCUGCAGCCCUCUGGUUGUUGAGUAGUGCAGCUUCCUAUCAGGUCCUGUAGCUCUGAUCUAAGUUAUGAGGAAUUGAGUGUUCAUUUUGUCAGUGAAAUGCAGCCGAGGUGCAGUUGUUUUGUCUAGUUUUGUGUUAUUGUGUGUAAUUCUAGGGCUCCAGAGUGUAACAGGGAGCACCACACAGGUUAUCACAUGCUAACAGAAAUACAGGUCUUCCAGGCGUCCCGCUGGAGAUUUAACUACUGUCAUUACCAUUUGUCUAUUUCUUGGUGUUUUUAAAAGCUGAAACAUUUCUGUAAAUAUGUUUUGGUAUUUUUACACACAACAUUAUUUAUAGUUUUUUUCUUACAAAAUAUUCAUUAGUUUUGUUCUGCCAAAUAAUUAAUUCCACUGGGAACUGUUAUUUUAUUGUUACUCUAAACAUUAAAUAGAUAUUUAAGAGUAGUAGGAUAGUAUUUGUAGUGUCAGUCCUGAAGUGUCUGUGAGGUCAAUUCUAACCAUGCCUUAUCUACUGAACAGAUGUGAUUUAAUGGGAGUGCAGUUCCGUCUCAGUCACGGAUAUUUUUUACAGAAGGGAUGAUGAUUUGAGACUUACUGAUCUCACGUCACUCCCGCUCCAUGGAAUUCCAUAUCCACAUCCAGAGGAUUUUUUAAUACCAGAGUGUAGCAGGGGUGUCAUGCCUUGUCCGAGAACUUUGAUUCUCUAAAACUCUGAAUCUUUUUAGACAUACGCAGAUGCCGUCAAAAAAAUCCCAUAAAACCAGUGUGCCAGUAAAGUUAUGCUUAUGGGCCAAUUUAAGGGCUUCUGUUCUGUAUCAUUUCACGGUGUCAUCUUACUAGGUGGUAACACUUUCUAUAAACCUGUCCUAAAGCACAAAACAGCAGGCAUAAGGUCUAUGCCUUGCACCACAACUUUAGCAUUGUCUCCAAUACUAAGGGGCUGCUGUUGUCACAUAAUUUUUUUAUAUUUUGCAUUACCAUAUCAGAGCUGAUGCUCUCUCACCACUGUAUAUUUCAGACCAUGUGUCAUACACGUGAACAAGCACAAACUCAACAGACCAGACCAGUUCUAACAUAAAUGGCCACCUCAGAUACAGCAGUGGUAGGUAGAACACUGAAUCAUGUGCCAAGAUGACACUUCCAUAGCGUUUAAGAAAGCAGAAGAAAUAAUCCAGAAACCAGUGGUGUCAAACACAGGGGAUGCAUUGCUGUUGAUAGAAGACAGAAUUAUCAACAGUGUUUAUAUCUUCAUUUCAGGUUUGUGAGUGUGUACAUGUUUUCAAUGCUGAACGUGCAGUUCUGGCCUGCAGUAGCCUCUGUGUAUUGGUUGCCUUAAGGUCUAUAGAAUAAGUUAGGCUGUUUCAUUUAGUGUUCUGACUUGUCAGUGUCUUAGAAUCAGUUGUUAGCACAACGAGUGAGUUUUUUCCCUUUUAGGAAAUCGAACCUACUUUAUCAUCAGAUCAUUCUGGUUGUGGAUGUGAGGACAGUGCUUGCACUGCCUAUAAACACAUAAGAACUCUUAAGUGCUUACCUCUUAUAACAAAACGCAACAUGAUUUGCUGGUAUAUUCAUUCAACUUUUUACUAAAUUUAUAAAAGAAGACUUUAUUUUUAGUUAAAUUAUUCUAUCCCAGUCUGUUUAGAGGGGCAUCUGCCCCUCAGUUUACGUUGCAUCAGAGUUCAAGAGGAAACAAUAUUUCAGAAGAAUCACUUAAAUGUUCACACAUUCUUUACACUUGCGAAAAUUCCAAAGCGACAUCUAGAGAAAUAUUUCUCAAACUACAUUCUGUUCAGUGGUUUAGUGGAAAUCUGCUUUUUUAGUGCAUUAAAAAGAAAGAUCCCUGACAUCAAUGCUCAUAAGAUGUGACAUUUGUAAAUGUCAUCUCCCAUUCUCCUAGGGCCAAGAAUCCUAAGGCCAGAUGUGGCUAAUAGGACUGAGAGUGGUUCAGUGGCAGAUGUUCUCUGAUGAGAUCUACUGUCUCCACAUUCAUGUUACUUACACAUGAGAAUUGGAUAUUGUGAAGUGUGUGAAAUCUGAUUUCCUCAGAUGUUAUAGUGUUUACUGAGAGCUCAGGCUUUUGUUCAUGUUGUUUAGAUAAGCAUGAUAAUGCUUAAGAAGAUUCAGUCUUACACCUCAUGCCGUUACCUCAUUCAGGUUGAUAAAACCCUCAAGUCAAAUCAAGGAUAGAAUAUUGCAACAUAAUUAUCAGUGCUUAAUCCUAAAUUGAGUCCUAAACGAUAAAUUAAAAACACAUUUUACUUUCAUUUGUUGUAUAAAAGUGUCUAGAUCUUUCAUAAUAGUUUUUGAAAAGGAUGUGUAUUGCUCCUUUGUUUGUUCAUUUUUUUUUUUUUUUUUUUUUUUUUCUUUUUUUUACACUUUGUAUGUUUUAUUUGUUGAUCUUGUGUGUUGCCUGAUGUCUGUUUGCCUUUUCUCAUAGAAUCCAUGUGUAAGUUAUUUGAAUAUAUAACUUCAUGAAUUUCUUUCUGUUGAGGCGGUUGGAAACUGCUGGAGCAUUUGAUCAAUUUGUAUUUAUUUA